AUGGACAUCAGCAUGUCGGUUCACCUCUUUCUUGUUCUUUCUUCUUCUUCUGAGUCCUCAUCAUUUUCUUCUUCAUCUUAUCUUCUUUUUCAUUUUCUUUUUCUUCUUCUUCUUUUGACAAUUUCUUCUAAAUCUGAGUCUUCUGCUUCAGAAUCGUCUUUUAAGGCUUUUUCUUCUUCUUUUUUUUCUUCUUCUUCUUCUUCUUCUUCCGAUCUUCUUCAGUGUUUUCUGUGUCUUUUUUUUUUUUCUCCGUCUGAACCUUCUUCUUCUGAGUCUUCUUCGGUGUCUUCUUCUUCUUCGGCGUCUUCUUCUCCCGAGUCUUCUUUCGAGACUUUUUCUGAUUUUUCCGCGUCUCCUUCUUGUAAGUCUUCCUUUUCUUCUUCUUCUUCUUUUUCUUCUUCUUCCGAAUCUUUUUUUCUUCUGAGUUUUCAUCUCCUUCUUUCUCUGAGUCAUCUAUUUCUUUCUUUUUCUUCUUUUAUGUCUGAUUCUUCUCUUGAGCUUUCUUCUUUUUCUUUCUCUCUGUUUUUCUCUUCUGAGUUUUCUUCUUCUACGUCUUCUGAGUUUUUCUUCUCAUUUGCCAUUUUUUGCAUUUCAUUGAUUCCCACUGCUUUCUUUCUUUCAAUUCCUUUUCUGUUUGCAAUCUUUGUUUUCUCUUUCAUUUCUUCUAUUAGCUUUUUUCUAUCGAUUUUCCUUUCUAUAUUUCGUUUCUUUUUCUUAAUUCAUUCGAUAUUCUUUCUUUCUUUAUCCUGUGGAAACUCUCUUUUUUAUUUAUCUGGUUUUCCAUUUUUCUUUUUCUUUACUGUUCUUUCUGGAACAGAUCUUAUCGCUUUUUUUUUCCAUUCAAAUUCUACUCCCCUUACAUUUCUCACAAUUCCAUUUUCUUUUUUUUUCUUCUUUUUACCCAUUUUUUAG